AAGGAUGUGCUCCUUGUGCUGUCUCCGUGCCAGACCACAGACACUCCAGGUGCUGUGUGUGCAGAUCUGCAUGUUUUACUCCAGCAUUUGUCUGGUAAGCUGGCCACUGUGCGCAGAGACAGCUAAAGUCCGAUGUGGCUCUGACCUGCUCAGUGACCUCAUGUUUGUCUGUGGGGACCGUGGAAUCUAUUUACGUAAAGGCUUGUGGUCUGGUUAUGGCACUCGGUCCAGAGGGAAGGGGAUAGUGGAUCUGUGUUGCCUGUCAUCAGGUUGUGAACUUCAUCACCUUGAGAUGUACUGUGCUAAACCAAGGAGCCAACAGACCACAUAUUCUCCAUCCACAACAGUACAUGCCACUACACAGCCAAAUUUGUUCCAAGAAGUAUUUCAGAAAAAACUUUUACAGUACCUGGGACCUCCGAGCAGUCCGAAGAGGGAAGCAUACAGAAGGAAUUGGCGGCAUUCGCUUCGGCACAAAGUCAAAGUUUCACGGUCACUCAGGAGGAUGACUGCAUACGAAACAACAAGUCAGCCGACUGCAGCCAAUAAGAGCGCACUUUAAAGAAUUAUGGGUUUACAGUCCGGAGUUUGAAGAUAAUAUUUAUACUCACAGAAGUCCUGUGGUAUAAAAACAAUCAAACAGUGUAUGUGUUUGAGUAUGUGCAGCGACCCAGACCUCUUAUAUGUUCAUAGAUAAAAGGUCACCUCAGAAACUUUAGAAAUGUAAUCAGACAGCAAACUUCCAGUAACACCACAAUAAACAGCAAUCCAUGUAUGGUUAAGGACAGUGUUUGGUUAACCCCUAGCCCCUUCAUGGAGAAUAUUUGGUUGUUUGUUACACCGAUUUAAAAAAAGAAAAAAGUUGAUUUAGAUUAAAACAAAAGUUCGCUCUAACCUCAGACAGGCCACCAGUAAUUUGGUGAAUAAGUAAUGUUCAGGAAGAAGUUACUCCUUUAUGUACUUAUCAUAAUAGGCCUUCAUAUAUCUUCACGUUAAUGUGAUCUGUGCAGCUAAUGGAAAUAACAUUUGUGGGGAGAGAAACACAAAUUUACAAGAAACUAAUAACAGAAACAGAAGUGAUCUACUCAUAAAUGCACAAAAAUCUUAGAUUUUUUAAUAUCUAUUUUGAGAUGUUACCUCAUCCUAGAGCACCAUAAAUGCUUUUUCUUCUUUACAUACAGUAGACCUAAUUCUCCCACAUCUGCUCUAACCCAUGAAAACAUCUUCAGCUGCCCGAUUCUUCACUAUUCUUCUGUCUGUGCUCGUCUCUUGGUGUGGUGUCUGUUAAGAAACAUGUCAGCCACUAUACCGUAGUUAAUAGUUCUUAUAAGAUUUUCUAUGCACUCAUCAUCAGAAUCCGAACACUUUGUUAUAUACGCCACCUUCUGUGGAGUCAUUUGUAGUUCACACUUAUUUCGAUGGCACUUGACACUCUUGACUAGCUUUAAUAUUUGUUUGGGUAAAAGACAAAUUUUAUCCACUGUGUGUGUUUAUUGUUUAU